AUGACGGUGCAAGUCAGUGUAGACCUCACGUCGGGCAAUGCUGUAGACAUGUCAGCAACUUUGCUUGACACCUACAUCUUCUCCGAGGUGCUCGACGAUGGCCGAAUGAGGCGCAUAUGGGCGGACGGGAUUUACUGGGAGGGCACGGAGGAGGGUCGCCCACUGACCGGGGAAGGAGCGAUGCACUUCCAGUCAGGGCCAACGGUGACGGGACGGUUCAAGGACGGCGUCUUGCAAGGGAGCGGGAUGACGCAAUGGCCCGACGGCUCUUACUAUCAUGGGGAGAUGAAGGACAACAAGCGGCAUGGCUACGGGACGUACGAGUGGGCAGACGGAACGAAAUACGAGGGAGAGUACAAGGACGACCUUCGCAACGGGCAAGGGCACUGCCAGGCGUCCGACUAUGAAUAUUGGGGGAGCUGGAAAGAUGACAUGAUGGAAGGCGAGGGGAUCUACGAAUGCCUGGACGAGCAGAAGAACGUCUUUCGCAUCUUUGAAGGGAGAUUUGAGAAGCACGUGCCGGUCUCUGGCACAUUAUACACCAACGACGGGGAGGUGCACGAGGUGUGCUACGACGGGAAGACGCAAGUGACCGACCACCCUUGGCUGUGGAAGUCGAAGACGGAGGACGUGGACCUCCUCAAGCAGCUCCCGAACGAGAGCGAGGAGUAUCGAAUGGUGUCGAGCCUCUUCCACACGUCUAUCCGCGGGAGCGGGCCCAAGAUCGUGCGCAUCAGCCGUAUAGAGAACCCCGGCCUCCGCCAGCUCUUUGAGAUCCAGAGAAACCGGAUUCGCAACGAGGUACUCAAGCGAGGGAUGGAGUGGAACCCCUCGACUAUGGAGCGCUGGGCCUUCCACGGCACGGGAUCAGGGAGCGGGUCUGGAGAAAAUCCCGGAUCAGCCAUCAUGAACGAGGGGUUCCUGGUCACCCUUGCAGGGUCAAGGAACGGCAUGGCGUUUGGUGCGGGCGCUUACUUUGCGAGAGACGCGAGGUUAGACUGCCUGCUGCUCGGCGGCAAGGACGGGGGACGUUACUCGCUGCGCUACUGCCAUUCUGAUCCUUCGAAUCCUCACGAGCAGUCAAUGUUGCUCGCUCGGCGCCUUGACCGCAAAGAACCUCUGAAGAUUGUGGUCGGGCGAUACACGGAAGGACAAUCCAGCUACCGCGCGCCUCCUCUGGACCCGAGCGGCAGUGCUGGGCAGCACUUUCACAGCAUGGUCGACAACAGCAGCAACCCCGGCAUCUUCGUCAUCUCGCACAGCGCCAGCGCGUAUCCUGCAUACAAGAUCGACUUCGCCACCGGCAAAGGGUCGGGGAAAGACGUGCGUUCUUCUCGGGUACGGGUCUCCCAGCAGCGCUUCAGCCCGCUCAAGUCUCUCAUCGCAGCCGAGAGACUCUCCGCGCUAAGGAGUGCAAGUGACUCUGACGACUUCAACUUGGAAGAGGAGCCGACGAGGAAGUCGCUUGUACGGCGCCCGCUCAGCGGGCGCAAGCGGGCGCGGGAGGACCAGCUGACCUCUCACAUCAAUGUGAUCGACCUCACCGGCGAUUGA